AUGAGGGCCUCCGGUGGGUCUAUCACCACGUCCGUCGCUUCGAAUAAAGGUCAAAGUGGCUUACUACGCUCUCACCUGCUAGAUAGCUAUCCUAGCAGCGACGAAGAAGACGAGGGUAAAAGAUUCGAAGCAGGGCGAAAGACAACUACACAUCAACAAACUCUGGCCAGCAACAAGUCUCGCAAGAAUAAAAAAGCCCGCCAACCCAAGUCCGCCGAGCUCGUGGUGAGUGACACCGAUAGCGUUAGUGAGUCUGAGGCUUGCGGCGCGACAGCUCCACGUCUUCUUCAAAAGGAAUACGUCGGUUUACAAUCGUCCACCCAUCGUCCAAUAUCCUCAGUCCAAAGAAAGAAAGCCGAGCAGGGCAGAGUGCCGCGGUUCCAGAGGAAAGUACUCGGAGACAGUACCCCUGCAACCAUCAAAUCGAAGGCCCCAAUCGUUGCGUCAGCAUACAAGCGGAAGCCUACUGCCAUGAACGAUCAGGCGAUGCGUGGAAGAGGGAAAGAAGUCGCCGAAAAGCCUGCCAGAUCAGUGAUGGUGAAAAAGCAACGGGUACGGAAUGGGCCUUUUGUCGUCGAUUCUGAAACGGAAAGCGAUGGUGGCAGCGACUCUGGGAGCGAGAACAGUAUCGGUGUCGAGGCAGAACAGAGAGGACUUGAGGAGGAUGAAGACGAUGAUGACAACUGGGACGCUAUACCGCCAAUCAAACCUCCUGAGCGAAUGUCUUUGGCCAAGCGUAACGCAGUUUGGACGGCAUCCCAAGCACAUGCUCAGCAAUCAUCCUUGAUGAGGCCUAAAGCAGCCUCGGCGCCCUCUUCGCAACGGACGCCAGCAUUCGACAAGGCCAAGCUAAAGGCCAUGCUCUUAGCCAACAAGAAGAAUCAGCCCAAAUUCCACGCCUCUCCUGGAGAAUCCAGCAAAGGGCAAGCAACAUCGAUUGCUACGAAGAUACCAGCAAAGACUGAUCGAGACUCACUCAAAUCGAAAUCUGAUGCUCAGCCAUCUUCUGCGAGCACCAAGCCAGCCUCGAGGUCUGCAAGACCCGCUGAAGCUUCCCUGAACAAGGCAUCCACCUCUGGUCGCGAAUCCGGGUCGACCCAGAAUCUCUCGAAGCAGCAUAUCGACAGCAAGCAUAAUGUGGGAACUUCAGGCGCAAAGCAGCUGCCCAAGUGCAGACCCGUUGAGGAGUCAUCAUUCACGCCGUCACCAAUCGUGGAGCCUCGAACAAGCAUGGUUAUGGGAGGAGUGAAUGUGUUGUCCUCCACGAAGAGGGCAUUGGGUACUUCAGCUCGUAAGCCUCCGGCAACUGCGCCGUUGCCUGCGAAUACUGAGCCGAACUUGCAAGGCCCGGCUCCAAAGAACUCAGUAUACACAACUCUUCAGAAGCCACCGAAAGCUAUCAGCAACGACCAUGAGACUCAAACAGUGAUUCCGAAGACUGGCCUGUCCCCAACGAGACCAAAGGCUAUUGAUUCCAUACAGAGCCAGACAGCAGUCGAAGGUAAAGCUCAGAUGUCGAAACUGAAGACGGUCGCUGCACCAAAGGCAUCAGCGUCGGUCGUGGUUCCUUCAAGAUCGAACACCGUCCUUGCGACACCAGAAGCCAAGAACGCGGCAGACAGGAAGUCUAAGCAACAUCCAAAUAGCGUUCUUGAAAAGUCAUUUCAUGAUAGCAUGGGCGAUGUGCGCCCGGAAACGUCCGCUACCGAAAUGCAGAGGACAGUUCGAAGACUGCCAGGUAAUCUGGACAAGCCAGGACAUCUCACGGAGCGUGGGAGUACUGUCGCCUCAGUUGUACAACCUUUGGCCAACGACUCAAAAGUUAUUGCGAAGGUUGCCGAGAAAGACCAACAGCAUCAAACUGUUGCUUCAGCCCAGAGCUCAACAUCCUUGCUGACAGACCAGCCUCUUCCGCAUAUUAUGGCAAAGAAGGCUACCUCGACUGUCACACCGCAAAGUCAGCCGAAUGAGCCAGUGAUCGCUCGCGCGGUAGGUACAACCUCUAUUAAAAGCGCGCCGGAUGCCAAUCAGUCAAUCUGCAAAGGUAAGGAGAAACGCGGUGAUGUGCCAGAAAGCGUUGCGCCUUCGGCUAGGCCGGGGAGCCCCGCGGAGGUCUCGAUCCAUCCUCCCAAAGUCGCCCAAAAGGUUCCAGUUAAAGGAAAAGUGGCGAACAUGGACACGACCAGGAAGGCUGCGGAGGUCUCACAUGGUCCGAACGUUGCUGAUCUUCAACCUCCACUUUCGCUGCCAGGUACAUCUACUUCGAUUUUCAACCUGUCUUCUCUACCUGCACCUGCCUCAGAUGCCGAGCCGUAUUUCGAGUACUCUAUCUUCAACAGAAUCUGGUCAGCCGGUGGAGAUGAAUCCUCCAUCAAUGCCACCGAGCUGACUUCAACUCCUUGCACGAACAUCAACGAGGCAAACACCCACGUUGAAACACUGUUCAGCAAUGCACGAGAGCAGUACCAGCAACACUUCUCAGUCCAUUUCAGCGAGUGGACAAAUAAGCCAGACGCUCAUGGAUGCAGCGUGUUCAUCGGCACCUUUGCGUCCAUCGAGUACCCAAGCAAGAAGAGCUGCAUGAAGUUCUGGGUCGAGCGACACACCGUAUCUGCCGAAGCAGGUCGUGCCCCGAAAAAUCUCAAGCACACAAGCUUCGUAGCGAAGACGGUCUAUGUGCUCAGGCUAUUCAGGCUGCUUCCGGCCACUACUGACUCCGAUGGCGAGACUGAAGACACGACCGGCACCACCGCAUCUACUAGGGUGUACCACCAGCUCCCGCGUACAGAGUGCUACACCACUCUCGACGCGGCUAAUCGCGCGGCGAAGAAUCUGCAGAUCGAGAUGAGUCACAAGCCUAACCCGACUAAAUUGGAUGAGGUUUUUCAGACGACAAACCUGGCAGAACUCAACCAGAAAGCCAACGACCUGCGACAGGCAAAGGACGAGGAGAGUAGGUAUUGGAAUAGCAAGUUUCACGGCAGUGGACUGGGUUCAGAGUUCGAACUGUUCGUUGAGAAGGCAGGUUUGUGCGGCCCGAGGAAUUUGUAG